AUGAAACUUCUCCUCGCUCUUCUCUCUAUCACUUCCACCGCCCUCGCCUUACAUUUUGGUCCCGGUCCUGUUGUAUCCAACGACAACCUCACUGCCUGUUGCCCCUCAGGCUGUGGAGACUUUGUAGGUGAAGUAUACAACACGGUCAACAUCACCGGUAGGACACAAGAUCCAAACUGUGAUUUAUGGGCGAUGCACCAAGGAGACAAUUGGUUCUUCAUUCACACCGAGACUGAAUUUAAACGAUGCAACUUUUCUGUGAACGCUUUGGAGGGAGCCCAGACCAAAGUAAUCAUUGAAGAUAUCAACACCUGGACUACCGAGGGUGAAACCUCCGGAUUACCGGUAGCCGAAUUGCCGGACGAGAUGAUCGAGCCGGGUGGAGGGAGGCUUUUUCUCAUGCGUCCACUACUUUUACACGAGAACUCUUGGCCUAAGAUGCUCCCUACCAUCCUAACUCAACUGUCAACACUUCCUACUCUCCUUACCGCACUUCUAGCCACCUCACAAGCUUCCGCUACUGACUUAUCGGGAUGUUGUGACGCUGGUUGCGGUAGGAAUUACGUGGUGGUUCAUCCUGGUGUCAGUGUCGUUGGAGGUGUGAACGGUUCAGAUUCUUGUACGAUGUUCAACCUAGAUUUGGGGUCGAAUACGUUUACUUUCACCAAUGGAAGUGUUUAUGAACAAUGUAAUGUCACCGUCACUUCCUCACCUUCAGAAUUCCAAAUUUUCGGAAUUGAUGAACUUGUCACUGAAGGUGGUCUUACCGCUCAUUGUGCCCAUGUGUCUUCGUAA